GAUACGGUGAGGCAGACGGCUGCGCUGGUGUGUGUGUUUUGCAGGGAAGAGCCGUUCUUGUCCCUGUUUGUGUCUGCAAGUUCAGGAGCGUAUGGCAGACAGCGAGGUGGUCUAGGGAAUGGUGCAUCGGUGUGGAUCUUAGGCUGUUAUACAGGUGGACGUGGCAUAAGGAAGGAAAAAUAUCUGGAGAAGUUAAAUCACAUUAAUUAUAAAGGUUAAUUAGGGCUGUUGUGGAGUGUGGCAUUGCUACAGGAUAGUGAGCGAAGGCAAAUGAAUGCUGAAACGGGGAGAUGAGCGAGAAGAAAUAGAGCAAACGUGCGAUAGAGAACAACACGGCCAUGAAACCCUGCUCGCAGCGUUUCUCAGGUUGGAGCUCGGAAUGAUCUCUUCAGAAUGCUGAAGGACUUCCGCUGCAUGGAGGAAGACGCGUUUUACUAGAGAUUUAACUUGCUUAAAGAUAUCAAGGUUUUGGGAUACACAAAGUGGAACAGGAUCGCCAUGUUUCGAAACAGUCUCAAGAUGCUUCUUACAGGAGGGAAGUCAAACCGCAAAAACAGGUCCAGUGAUGGAGGGAACGAGGAGCCACCAGACCGAAGACAGGCAAGUGUAGACUUCCGUCAGAGCCGAUCUGGGCAAGGCACCUCCACAGAGAACGACUGUGCUUUUGAACCAGACUACGCUAUUCCACCACUCCCAGUGACCGAAGGUAUGCAGCACAUUCGGAUUAUGGAGGGCAUGUCCCGCUCCCUUCCAUCCUCCCCCUUACUCACACAUCAGUCUAUCAGUGUUCGGCUCCAACCUGUGAAGAAGUUAACUGCCCCUUUGAGGAAAGCAAAGUUUGUUGAGAGCCCUCGAAUCCCAGAAUCUGAGCUUGGCUCACCAACACUUUCUUCAGCCCAGAAACUGGACGUUGAUGCAUACUGCCCUGGUGACGCUGAGCAGGAGCUGGGACCCCCUCCAUCCGUAGAUGAGGCAGCAAACACACUCAUGACUCGCCUGGGCUUCCUCCUCGGAGAGAAAGUCACGGAGGUACAGCCAGGGCCCCAGUACAGCAUGGAGGUGCAGGACGAGAACCAGACCUCCGCAGGAACGCAGCGCAUAAGCCCCUGCUCCACGCUGACCAGCAGCACGGCCUCGCCGCCGGCCAGCAGCCCCUGCUCCACCCUGCCGCCCGUCAGCACCAGCGUCACCGCCAAGGACUGCACCUAUGGGGCCGUCACCAGCCCCACGUCCACGCUGGAAAGCAGAGACAGCGGUAUCAUAGCUACUUUGACAAGCUACUCAGAGAAUGUGGAGCGCACAAAGUAUGGAGGGGAGAGCAGUAAAGAGCUUGGAUCUGGAGGAAACCUGAAACCCUGGCAGUCCCAGAAGUCCAGCAUGGACUCCUGCUUGUAUCGCGUGGACGAGAACAUGACGGCCUCAACCUACAGCUUGAACAAGAUCCCGGAAAGGAACCUGGAGACGGUUUUGUCCCAGUCAGUGCAGUCUAUUCCUCUUUACCUUAUGCCACGGCCAAAUUCAGUAGCAGCCACCAGCUCGGCCCACCUGGAGGACCUGGCGUACCUGGACGAGCAGAGGCACACUCCCCUGCGGACGUCCCUCCGCAUGCCGCGGCAGAGCGUGGCCGGCGCCCGUGCGCAGCAGGACCUGCGAGUACGCUUUGCACCUUACCGACCUCCUGACAUCUCUCUGAAACCACUGCUCUUUGAGGUUCCCAGCAUCACCACCGAGUCCGUCUUCGUUGGCCGUGACUGGGUGUUCCACGAGAUAGAUGCUCAGCUGCAGAGCUCCAACGCCAGCGUUAACCGAGGAGUGGUGAUCGUUGGCAACAUAGGCUUUGGAAAGACUGCCAUCAUCUCCAGGCUGGUUGCGCUCAGCUGCCACGGCACGCGUAUGAGACAGAUCGCUUCGGAUAGCCCGCACGCCUCCCCAAAACAUGUGGAUGCAAACAGAGAGCUGCCCUUAACCCAGCCACCGUCUGCUCACUCUUCGAUCGCCAGCGGAAGCUGCCCCGGGACUCCUGAAAUGCGCCGGCGCCAGGAAGAGGCCAUGCGGAGACUCGCCUCACAGGUCGUCGCCUAUCACUACUGCCAAGCGGACAAUGCCUACACCUGCCUGGUGCCCGAGUUCGUGCACAACGUGGCCGCGCUGCUCUGCCGCUCGCCGCAGUUCGUCGCCUACAGGGAGCAGCUCCUGCGAGAGCCCCACCUGCAGAGCAUGCUCAGCCUGAGGUCCUGCGUCCAGGACCCCAUGGCCUCCUUUCGGAGGGGUGUCCUGGAGCCCUUGGAGAAUCUGCACAAAGAGAGGAAGAUCCCCGAUGAAGAUUUCAUCAUAUUAAUUGAUGGCUUAAACGAGGCAGAAUUUCACAAGCCAGAUUAUGGAGACACCAUAGUAUCAUUCCUCAGCAAAAUGAUUGGAAAGUUCCCUUCCUGGCUGAAGCUGGUGGUGACUGUCAGGACAAGUCUACAGGAAAUAAUUAAGCUGUUGCCCUUCCAUAGAAUAUUUUUGGACAGACUGGAAGAGAAUGAAGCCAUAGACCAGGACCUGCAGGCGUACAUCCUUCAUCGGAUACACAGCAGCUCGGAGAUCCAGAACAACAUCUCGCUGAAUGGCAAAAUGGACAACACUACGUUUGGCAAGCUCAGUUCUCACCUCAAGACUUUGAGCCAAGGGUCCUACCUGUACCUAAAACUCACUUUUGAUCUCAUAGAGAAAGGAUACCUAGUACUAAAAAGCUCCAGCUACAAAGUAGUGCCAGUGUCUCUGUCAGAAGUUUACCUGUUGCAGUGCAAUAUGAAGUUCCCAACGCAGUCUUCCUUUGAUCGGGUUAUGCCUCUCUUGAAUGUGGCAGUGGCAUCUCUGCAUCCACUAACAGAUGAACAUAUUUUUCAGGCCAUUAAUGCAGGUAACAUUGAGGGCACUUUGGAGUGGGAUGACUUUCAGCAGAGGAUGGAGAACCUUUCUAUGUUUCUUAUCAAACGUAGAGAUAUGACGCGAAUGUUUGUUCAUCCCUCUUUUCGAGAAUGGCUUAUUUGGAGAGAAGAAGGUGAAAAGACCAAGUUUCUCUGUGAUCCUAGGAGUGGCCACACGUUACUUGCCUUCUGGUUUUCCCGUCAAGAAGGAAAACUAAAUCGACAGCAAACUAUUGAACUGGGACAUCACAUUCUCAAAGCACAUAUUUUUAAGGGGCUGAGUAAAAAAGUUGGCGUUUCUUCCUCCAUCCUCCAAGGGCUUUGGAUCUCCUACAGUACCGAAGGCCUUUCCAUGGCACUGGCAUCGCUGAGAAACCUCUAUACCCCAAACAUCAAGGUCAGUCGGCUGCUGAUUCUAGGAGGUGCAAAUGUGAAUUACCGGACAGAAGUUCUGAACAACGCCCCGAUUCUGUGUGUCCAGUCUCACCUGGGGUACACGGAGAUGGUGGCUCUGCUCUUGGAGUUUGGUGCCAAUGUAGAUGCUGCUUCUGAAAGCGGCCUGACCCCCCUUGGAUAUGCUGCUGCUGCUGGAUUUCUAAGUAUUGUUGUGCUGCUGUGCAAGAAACGGGCCAAGGUGGAUCACUUGGACAAAAACGGUCAGUGCGCUCUGGUUCACGCUGCUCUCAGGGGACACUUGGAAGUGGUGAAGUUUCUGAUCCAAUGCGACUGGACCAUGGCUGGGCAACAGCAGGGAGUGUUUAAAAAGAGCCACGCCAUCCAGCAGGCACUGAUCGCUGCAGCCAGCAUGGGGUACACGGAGAUUGUCUCCUACCUGCUCGAUCUUCCAGAAAAAGAUGAAGAGGAGGUGGAGCGAGCACAAAUCAACAGCUUUGACAGUCUUUGGGGAGAGACAGCUCUGACGGCGGCGGCGGGCCGAGGGAAGCUGGACGUCUGCCGGCUGCUCCUGGAGCAGGGCGCCGCCGUGGCGCAGCCCAACCGGCGCGGGGUGGUCCCGCUCUUCAGCGCGGUCAGACAGGGCCACUGGCAGAUCGUAGAUCUCUUACUCACCCACGGUGCUGAUGUGAACAUGGCAGACAAGCAGGGGCGGACGCCGCUGAUGAUGGCUGCAUCCGAGGGACAUCUGGGCACGGUGGAGUUUCUGCUUGCACAAGGUGCCUCCAUCUCUCUGAUGGACAAGGAGGGCUUAACGGCGCUCAGCUGGGCUUGUCUGAAGGGCCACCUGUCCGUGGUGCGUUCCCUGGUGGAGAACGGGGCUGCCACUGACCAUGCCGAUAAAAACGGACGCACUCCGCUGGACCUGGCUGCUUUUUACGGCGAUGCGGAGGUGGUUCAGUUUCUGGUGGACCAUGGGGCCAUGAUCGAGCACGUCGACUACAGCGGGAUGCGGCCCCUCGACAGGGCAGUGGGGUGCCGCAACACCUCGGUGGUCGUCACCCUCCUGAAGAAAGGAGCGAAGAUAGGUUGUCAGACGUUACCGAGUCGCCCACGAGGUCCAGCAACAUGGGCGAUGGCAACCUCCAAACCAGACAUCAUGAUCAUCCUGUUGAGCAAGCUGAUGGAAGAGGGAGACAUGUUUUAUAAGAAAGGUAAAGUGAAAGAGGCUGCCCAGCGCUACCAGUACGCUCUCAAGAAGUUCCCCAGGGAAGGGUUUGGAGAAGACCUGAAAACCUUCCGUGAGCUGAAGGUGUCGCUCCUUCUCAACCUCUCCCGGUGUCGAAGGAAAAUGAAUGAUUUUGGAAUGGCGGAGGAAUUUGCCACUAAAGCACUGGAGCUGAAACCGAAAUCUUACGAAGCUUACUAUGCAAGAGCAAGGGCCAAGCGCAGCAGCAGCAGGCAGUUUUCAGCAGCCCUGGAGGACCUGAACGAGGCCAUCAAGCUGUGUCCAAACAACCGUGAGAUCCAGCGGCUGCUGAUGCGGGUGGAAGAGGAGUGCAGGCAGGUGCAGCAGCAGCAGCAGCAGCAGCAGCAGCCGCCGCUCCCGGUGGAGCCCGAACCCGAAGCCCAGCACGAAGAGCUGUAUUCCGUGCAGGAUAUCUUUGAGGAGGAAUACCUUGAGCAGGAUGUCGAAAAUGUUUCCAUCGGCCUGCAGACAGAGUCCAGGCCAAACCAAGGGCUGCCCAUCAUCCAGAGCCCACCACCGUCCCCUGCUCACAGGGACUCCGCCUAUAUUUCUGGCUCGCCUCUUGGCUCUCAUCAGGUCUUUGAUUUCAGGUCCAAUAGCUCCGUGGGUUCGCCGACCAGGCAAGGGUACCAGUCCACAUCUCCUGCUCUGUCUCCGACACACCAAAACUCCCAUUACAGACCUAGUCCUCCGCACACUUCUCCUGCGCACCAGGGCUCCUCUUACCGCUUCAGCCCCCCUCCCGCUGGAAGCCAAGGGAAAGAAUAUCAAAGCCCACCACCUUCUCCUCUCCGCAGAGGCCCUCAGUACCGCGCCAGCCCCCCUGCAGAAAGCAUGAGCGUCUAUAGGUCCCAGUCCGGUUCCCCGGUCCGUUAUCAGCAAGAACCUAGCGGCGUCAGCCAGCUCCCCGGUCGGCCGAAGUCUCCCUUGUCCAAAAUGACCCAGCGAUCCUUCCAGAUGCCCCAGCUGCCCGUGGCGGUGCCGCAGCAGGGGCUGAGGCUGCAGCCAGCGAAGGCCCAGAUCGUCCGGAGCAACCAGCCCAGCUCUGCCGUGCAUUCGAGUACUGUAAUUCCAACCGGUGCUUACAGCCAGGUGGCCCACUCGAUGGCCAGCAAGUACCAGUCGGCGUCGGGGGAGAUGGGGGUCAGUCAGAGCAGGUUGGUCUACCAGGGCUCCAUCGGGGGGAUCGUGGGUGACAGCAGACCCGUGCAGCACGUUCAGGCCAGUCUCAGCGCGGGAGCCAUCUGUCAGCACGGAGGCCUGGCUAAAGAAGAUCUUCCCCAGAGGCCGUCCUCGGCUUACAGGGGGGGUAUGAGAUACAGCCAGACGCCCCAGAUUGGGCGAAGUCAGUCCGCUUCCUACUACCCGGUGUGUCACUCGAAGCUUGACCUGGAGCGGACCUCCCUCCCCGCCAACCAGCUUGGCUCUCCGGACGUGUCUCACCUCAUUAGAAGGCCCAUUACGGUUAACCCCAGUGAAAUAAAGCCUCACCCACCGACUCCGAGGCCGCUGCUUCAUUCCCAAAGCGUUGGCCUCCGCUUCUCUCCUUCCAGCAAUAGCAUUUCAUCCACCUCCAACCUGACUCCCAACUUCCGCCCGUCCGCUUCGAUCCAGCAAAUGGAGAUCCCUCUCAAGCCAGCCUACGACAGGUCGUGCGAUGAACUCUCUCCGGUCUCUCCCACGCAGGGGGGCUACCCCAGCGAGCCAGCGCGUUCCCGGACCACGCCGUUCAUGGGAAUCAUAGAUAAAACCGCUCGGACUCAGCAGUACCCCCACCUCCAUCAGCAGAACCGGACCUGGGCUGUGUCGUCCGUGGAUACUGUAAUUAGUCCUACGUCUCCUGGCAAUCUCCCCCAGCCAGAAUCAUUUAGCCCACCUUCGUCGAUCAGCAACAUUGCCUUUUAUAACAAAACCAACAAUGCACAGAAUGGCCAUUUGCUAGAGGAAGACUAUUACAGCCCCCAUGGGAUGCUGGCCAAUGGGUCCCGGGGAGACCUCCUGGAGAGAGUCACCCAAGCCUCCUCGUACCCCGACGUCAAGGUUGCAAGGACACUGCCUGUAGCGCAGGCCUACCAGGACAACCUGUACAGGCAGCUCUCCAGGGACUCCAGGCAAGGGCAGACGUCCCCAAUCAAACCAAAGAGACCAUUUGUGGAGUCUAAUGUGUAAAAGACGCUUGUUGGAGUAAGACCCUUAUGUUUUCAGCACACACUUCCAAGCUUGAUUUCCAUGCAUAUUAUUAUUAUUUUUGUUUCUCUUUGGUAGCUACAUGACCAAGUUUCUCCGGUACUUUCUGUGUGGUGGUCAGACAGCCAUGCACGUGCUCCAGCCCUUCUGUUACCCAGCUGACUGUGAAGCCAACAUCAGCCAAGCCAGUAUCAUUUGCCCAAUUCCAGCUAAGUUCCCUCAGUUUUCAGCUGUCAACCAGGAUAUUUUAGUACGUGGUGUGGGGUAGUCCAGAAAUAUCCCCUGCGCAGUGGGAGGUAACCAGCUCUUUUUCAAGAGACAAUCGCGUUUCAGUUUAAAUUGGUUUCUUUUGUCUCAAUGAGCUCUUACACAAUUCUGAUGAAAAUUCCUAGUGGGAACAGAGCAGGGAUCCCAGGAGCCUUUUCGGAGGCCGUGUCCGCAGGUCCCCGUGCCAGCCGGGUCGUUUCUCUGCCCGUUUGUCUCUUUGCCCACGAAGAGUGAAUGACCCGCGCAGAGCAGGGCGUCGUUUGCUUUAACGCCAAGUAGCUAUGCACAGUCACCAUCCUGCUUCACCCGGUUUGUAGGAUUUUAAUCGGAAUUGUAUUUGUUAUUUCAUCGCGUAAUCUGCCCGAAGGGGUGGGGAUCACGAGGUGCUUUGCUACUUUGCAGAUUACCUUCCAGGUGCCCCGACGUUGAUUUGCUCUGGGGGCAUUUUACAGGUUUGCAGAGAUGAAAGCUGGCCCUUCGUACGCGUUUUGAGCAGCCAAGGGAAUUGGCUGGAAGCCUCUCGUGGACUGGGAUUGCAACAACUUCGUCACACCAGUAGCAGAUGACUGCACCCCACGCAUACGACACCGCGUUUUCACCAGGACAGUUUUAAUGUUGGGGUUUCCGUUUGGUUUUGGUGUUUUUGUGGGGUUUUGGUUUGUUUGGUUUUAGUUUGGGGGAAUUUUUUGGCUCACAAGGAAAAAAAAAAAAUGACUAGGAAAUCCCGUUCGAGGAGGAAAACUGCAGUUUAUUUUCCUGUUUUGAUGGGAUGCGUAACAUGGCAUCGUGGCUCCCGAGACGGGAAGGGUCCGAGGAGGUAACGGUGGCCAAGUCCGUCGGCAGCAUCGCUUCCCCUCCGCGUGCUCCUGCUCCGGGACGCCGUCCCGGGGGGGGGCUGCGCCCCUCUAAGGGAAAUGCUGCUUCCUUAGAGCUGCAGGAUCCGUUCCCAAAUUCCUGGAAAGCGAUUGCCGUGUUCUGUACCUGCAGGUGGUACGGACGGUGCUUUGCUCCUUAAGGGCCUGUAGUUGAAAGAGAUAUUUAUAAUUUAUUUCUGCACUCUGUUUCAGGACAUUUGGGGGGGUUGGCUGGUUUUCUCUUAUUUUUUUAAAUCAAAUGCAAAUCACGUCAAGACAGCGUGAAAAGCAGGGGACGCUUCCAAAAACCGUUUUACCGAAUUUUUCAAUUUUUCUCUGGAAUUUGGGGGGGGGCUGGAGGGACUCCUUUACAAACGCUUCAUUUACUGCUGGUUGUUUUGCAAUCUGCCUUUUUCAGUUACCGAGGGCGAACGGUCAGACGAGCCGGGGGGGGGAGCGAUAAACGUGUAGCUUGUUUUAAAGCGAAAAUAGUGCCUGUUGCCCAAUGCUGAAUCUCACCCAUAUCAACUCCUAACAGCAAAAGGGAUUUGGUGCUGAGCAGGAAGAGCGAGCGAUACCUUUCGGUGUUUCCAAAGGGCUAUGCGAAUCCAGCCGUAGAUUGAUUACAAAUUCCUUGAACCAAACCGCGGAGCCCAGCCGCAGCUGGUGUAGACGAGCGGCGCCGAUUUACACCAGCUGAGGACGUGGCUCAAAGCUCUCAGCAAACCCUGGCUGUGGUCGGGCUGUCCUGCGCGUGGAUCAGCACAUCUCAUCGUUAUCUCACCGCCUCAUUCGCUCAGACCAACCCGGGACGCGCGUACCUUGGGAUGACGGGGGCUUGUGUCUCAUAGACACGUUGAGAGUAUUCAGGGGGGUUUUCCUCUGCAGGCUUUGGAGAUGCUUGCGCUGUUGUGGCUAUUUUGUACUUGUCCAAGCCAGUAUUUGUAUUGAGGUUGGCGUUCUCCUUCUCGAGUGCGGCUCGGCUCUGACCUUUGCUUUCUUACAGGGCUGUAGAGCAGGCUGUAGACUCGGAGACCCCUCGGGAGCGCGGGUCCCGCGGCCAUGCCGGCGGUGCACGCCCUGCUGCUCUCCUCGGAAGGGGUGCGAUGGUUUUUGUUCCUCUUUUGGAAGUGGUGUGUUCUGCUUUGCAAGGAAUAACCGCUUUCUUUCCCUCCGCGUACAGCACGCCUGGCUAGCUAGCAACACGCAUCCGUGGGUCUGCAGCAGCACCAGUCGUUUUGCUCAAAGCCUCGCUGCCUCUGCUUUCCCAAAGAGUGAGUGGCUUUCUGCCUUGAGUUGCUUCUUUGCAAGGGAAAAGUAACCAAAUUCAGCCCCGCUGCUGUUUUAUACGGCAGAGUGAGACGUGCUACGGCCAUAAGCCGGCGUUCUCAGCUGAGAGGCCAGCGGGACGGUCCGUGUUGAGGAGCGCGUUGUAAGAACUGCCUGUGCUUUGCUUUGCUGUUCACUGCCAUGUGGUUCCAGUACUGUAUCCCGAGAUGUCCCCUAGCAGCACUUCUGUGUGUAACUUUGGGUUCGUGAAGGUGUUUUAAGGGAACAACGAAACAGCUCACACUUACCACUAACACCGAGAUGAACGAAUGCUGAAAUACUGCAGCACGCAGGUUCUUUCACAAGACCACGUGUUACAUUUUCACAGGAUUCUUGCACUAAUGGUUUACCAUCUGUUCUCUCUGUAAAUGGGUGCACUUUACUGUUUGAAUUUGUUACUAUGAUAAAUACUGGAUAUUUAAGCGUGAGUAGUGUCUUCAUUAGAAAAUAGCAAAACAACUCUUGUCUCUUAGUGUAUUUUUCAAAAAAGAAAAAAAGAAAAAAAGCAAUGAAUCAUAACAUUUAUAGCACAAGAACUGACUCUUGUAUAUAAGCAUCAACAGACGGAGUAAUUUUUAAACACA